AAAUCAGAAACUACGACUAUCAUCACUACCACAAUAUUACCGACAAUUACAACAUCAGUACAAACACUGUUAACGACAACAACAACAACAACCACCACAACAACUAUGGUCACAACUCAGCCGUCAAAAUGGUCUGUUACCGGUAAUAUGAAUAUUGGACGACAUUUUCACACAGCAUGUGUAUUAUCAAAUGGAAAAGUAUUAGUUACUGGUGGUAAUUACCAUGAUUAUCCGUAUAAUGCUGAAUUGUAUGAUCCAUCAACAGGUACUUGGACAACUACUGGUAACAUGACCUAUGUACGAUCUCGACAUACAGCAUCUGUAUUAUUAGAUGGAAAAGUAUUAGUUACUGGUGGACACAAUGGUAAUAUUAGUUUAAAUACUGCUAAGCUGUAUAAUCCCUCAACAGGUACUUGGACAACUACUAGUAACAUGAGUUAUGCACGAGAAUAUCACACAGCAUCU